AUGGAGGUCAUCAGCGAAGCCAGCUGCGACGACGGUGGCGGCCGUGGCCCCACCAUCCCCUUCUUCACCCUCGCCGUCGACACCUCCCUCUCCUUCCCCGAAAUGUCUCCUUGUACCGACGGCUCCUCCUCACCGGUGCACCACCGGGUCCGCACCUGCGCCAUCGCGUUCACCCAACCGCGCCACCGCACCCCUGUGCUGACGCCUCCGCCUGCUGCCUUCGACGACCGAAGCUCUGCACCGCCGGCCUUGCUCCUCCCCAGCCACCGGUUCCGCUUCUAUUUCACUACCCCCGCUCAACCCAGCGCCCGACGUGCUACGCCGCCGGAGCCGAAGACCAGCAAACAACGUCCCCGCUCGCCUCACCCGCAACCCACGAGACUAGCGAAGCCGCGGCUGCCCCCGCUCGCUUCGGGCUCCCCGCCCGAUCUCUUCGCCGCCCGCAUUGCGCCUCUCCGAAGCUCCGAACCUAUCCCGAGCCCCCUUGUGCCGAGCGACGCCCACAACAACACUCCACCGGUUUCUUCCGCACCUCAGCAGCUCGCGACCACCGCGCACCCCCUGCCCUAA